UCGAUGGAUUGAUGGUGGGGAGUGAAUUAACUCAAAGAAAAUCCCUCAAAGUCUGAAUGGUUUGCGCCUUGUGUUUCAACUGAGCAAUGGAGACCUUGAGUUUGGAGGUGAACAUGUCUGUGGAAGAGGGGGAAGCCCACAUGGCCCAGAUGAAAAGUGGGGAGCAGAGCGCUCCCACGGUCAAACUGUGGGCAGAUUUUGAGGGGGGGAAAGCCCCACGAAUGGUACGUGUAGGCAGUAUUGGAGAAUUGCAGACCCCAGCACCUCCACGGCUGGUGAAAUGUGAACCGCAAGAGGGGCUGCAGGAACGGUGGGACGCCCAGUGGCAGGAGUUCCUGCGGACGCUGCAGGCCCCUCACUCAGGAUGGGGGAACACGCAGGCGCCUGAGGAGCCCAGACCCUGGGACGACGCCAAGGCUUUCCUGGCCUCCUUCGAGCAAGUGGCGUCGGCGUGCCGGUGGCCUCGGGACAAGUGGGUGGCCCUCCUCCUGCCGGCCCUCAGCGGAGAAGCCGAGCAGGCCUUCAGCGGCCUCAGUGGCCUUGACCGAGGAGACUACGAGAAGGUGAAGGCGGCCAUCUUGGAAGGGGAGGCCAUCUUGCGGGAGAAGCAACGCCAGCACUUCCGGCAAUUCUGCUACCAGGCCACGGAGGGGCCGAGGGGUGUCCACGGCCGACUGCGGGAACUGUGCUGCCGGUGGCUGAGAGCCGAGAGGCACUCGAAGGAGGAGAUCCUGGAGCUGCUGAUCCUGGAGCAGUUCCUGAGCGUCCUGCCCCAGGAAAUGCAGGGCUGGGUGAGGGAACGGGGCCCGGAGUCCUGCGCCCAGGCCGUGCUCCUGGCCGAGGAGUUCCUGGCGAAGCAGAGCACGGUGAAAGAGGAAGGAGAGAGUCCGUGGCCUUUGGGGGUGGCAGCAACUGGGAAUGCUUCUGAGGGAGGCCAGGUUCCACCACCAGUUGGCUGGCUAAGGCAAGUGGGUGAGGAGCCCAAGCAGGAAGAAGAGGAAGAGGAGAGCUCUUUGGGUGAUGGGCAGGUGCAUGUGUACCAAGCGGAUAAUCUUCAGACGGGCGGCCCUGAGGCACCAGAAAGAGACAUCGCAUCCCAGUAUUGCAACGAGGAAACAAAUCUUGGAAGUCAGGAGGGACCGCAGAGGAAGCGGACGGCCUCAAAAAGGAAGCGUGUGGACGAAGCUGUUCCUGUUGGCAAAAGUCAGUCUGAUCAAGCGGAGACCCAGGCUGGCCAUAAAAUGCAUCGUUGUCACUGUGGAAAGAGCUUCCGAUGGAUCUCCAACUUUAAGGUCCACGAGAGAAUUCACACUGGCGAGAAGCCGUACAAGUGUUCAGAAUGUGGCAUCGGUUUCCGUAAAUCUACACAACUUAAGGCCCAUGAGGGUGUUCACACUGGAGAGGUCCCCUUUCGUUGCUCAAUGUGUCAAAAAAGUUUCACCAGCAGCUCCAACCUCAUCGCCCAUGAGAGGAUCCACACCGGGGAGAAACCGUAUCAGUGUACAUACUGCGGGAAAAGCUUCCGUCAGAAAGGAACCCUCACGACGCAUGAGAAAAUCCACAUGGGAGAGAAACCUUUUAAAUGUUUGGUGUGUGGGAAGAAUUUCCGCCAGAAGGGAACCCUCACCACGCAUGAAAAGAUCCACCUGGGCGAGAAGCCAUACAAGUGUUCGGAUUGCGGGAAAAACUUCCGCACUUCCACGGACCUGAGGGUGCAUGAACGCAUCCACACCGGAGUGAAGCCGUAUCGGUGCUCUGUGUGCCAGAAAAGCUUCACCGACGGCUCAAACCUCAUCACCCACGAGCGCAUUCACACGGGAGUGAAACCGUAUAGGUGCACGCGCUGUGGGAAAAGCUUCUGUCAGAAGUCGGGCCUGAUGAUCCACGAAGGGGUGCACACGGGAGUUAAACCCUACAGGCACUCGGCAUCUCAGAAGGUUUUAAUUGAAGGCUUGAAGCUCAGUGCAAAAGAGGAAACAAAACCUAGAGAGAAGUCACACACGAGCGUCGAUUGUGGGGAAAGCAUCAGUGGUCUCAGGAAGGGUCGAGCAGAAAGUAACUCUGAAUCUACUGGUAGAUCUCUGGGUGAUGUACAGUAGAUCCAAAGGGUUUUGGUCUCCCAAUUGUUUAAGUAUAGC